AUGGCUGUUGUUCAUUUUGUGCUCUCAUUAUUGGCCGUAGUGUUAUUAUUAACACCAAGUAGCAGAAGUAGUAGUACAGCAGCUCAUGAUCGAAGCAGUGGGAGAAAGGGCAACAACCAUGUUAAUGGGGUCAUUGGGGCCAUUGUGGACACAAGCUCCCGUAUUGGUAAAGAAGAAAUAGUAGCAAUGGAAAUUGCAAAGGAGGAUUUGUAUCAUUACCAAAGUCAAACUUUGAUUCUGCACGUAAAAGACUCCGAUCAAAGGAAACCUCUCCGAGCAGCACUUGCAGCUAUGGAUCUUAUCAACACACAACAAGUACAGGCCAUUCUAGGACCGCAAACAUGGGAAGAGACCGCAUUGGUUGCUGAUAUCAGCACCAAAAACCAAGUUCCCAUUUUUUCUUUUGCGGACACAACUCCAGAAUGGGCAACAGAGAGGUGGCCGUUUCUACUUGGAGCUUCACACGACAAAUUUGCACAAAUGAGAGCCGUAGCUGCUAUUGUACAGUCGUGGAAUUGGCAUCAGGUCGCUGUAAUACACGAGGAUGUAGGUUCUUGGACGAAUGGAGUCAUGCCAUCUCUCCAUGCUGCCCUGAGAGAAGUAGGUGCAGAAAUUAGCCAAUCCAUAGGCCUCUCUUCUUUCUCUUCUUUGGAUUCACUAUCCAGAGAGCUUGAAAAUCUUCGAAGAGAGCAGUGUAGAGUCUUUGUUGUUCAUUCGUCAUUGCCACUGGCAGUGCGUCUAUUUGAGAGGGCGAAGGAAAUGAAAAUGAUGGAAAAAGACUAUGUUUGGAUCACUACACAUCACAUCACAAGCCUUGUCCAUUCCAUCGAUGCCUCCGUCAUCUCCUCAAUGCAAGGAAUAGUGGGAGUCAAGAGCUACUUCUCAGAAACAGGACAACGUUUUCGGGAUUUUAAUCAAAGAUUUCGUAAAAGGUUUAGAAGAGAAAAUCCUGAAGAGGAAAACAAUGAGCCUGGGAUUUAUGCGGUGCAGGCCUAUGAUGCUAUCUGGACAAUAGCCCUAGCAUUGAAAGGAGGUAGUGGGAGGAAUCAAGAAUUACUCCAAAAAGUUUUGCAAAUUGACUUUCAUGGCCUGUCAGGAAAAGUUCAAUUCAAAAAUCACAAGAUGGCUCCAGCGCAGAUAUUUCAGAUCAUCAAUGUGAUGGGAAAGAGUUACAGGGAGCUCGGGUUUUGGUCAAGUGAAUUAGGCUUCUCAGAGACUAUUGGUGAAAAUACUACUUGUAACCCUUCUAUGAAUGAUAUGGAGCAAGUUCUUUGGCCAGGGGGGCCUAGGUACACUCCUAGAGGAUGGACUGAACCUACAAGAGCCAAGCCACUGCAGGUUGGUGUGCCGGCAAGAUCAGGUUACAAGGAGUACGUGAAUGUGUACCAUCAAUCACAAAACGAAACUUCUUUUGACGGCCUUGCAAUUGAGGUCUUCAAAGCCACUGUAGAUCGCUUGCCAUUCUAUUUGCCAUACGAGUUUGUCGCCUUCAAUGAGAUCUCUUACGACAAUCUAGUAGAUCAAAUUCGUUUGAAGAAAUUUGAUGCAGUGGUCGGUGAUGUGGCAAUAUUAGCUAGCAGAUAUGAGCAUGUGGAGUUCUCACAUCCCUAUUCGGAAACUGGAUUGAUGCUGAUUGUCCCUGCUCGAUCAAGCAAUAAAGCAUGGUCAUUUAUCAAACCCUUUACAAAAUCCAUGUGGGCUUCAAUAACAGUCAUAACCAUAUACAAUGGUUUUGUUGUUUGGCUAAUAGAGCGACAUGCCCAUCCUGAACUAAGAGGCUCCAUGCUCCAUCAGAUAGGAAUCAUGCUUUGGUUAUCUUUCAACACUCUUUUCUCCUUAGACGGUGGAAAAUUGCAUAGCAAUCUAUCAAGGAUGACAAUGGUGGUAUGGUUGUUUGUUGCACUAGUUGUCAUACAGACAUAUACAGCCAACCUCACCAGCAUGUUGACGGUCCAGAAGCUUGAACCCACCGUAACCAGUGUUGGGGAACUGCUGAAAAGCAAUGCAGUGGUUGGAUUCUGUACGGGUUCAUUCUUGAAGAAGUAUCUGGUAGAAGUCUUACGCUUCCCAGGAGAAAAUGUCAAACAUUAUGGAUCAGCAGAAGAAUAUGCUCAAGCCUUCAAGAACAAAGAAAUUGCUGCUGCCUUUAUUGGAACUCCUUUGGCCAAAAUAUUCCUCGCAAAAUAUUGCAAGAAAUUUAUGAAAGCUGGGCCAACGUUCAACAUCGGAGGGUUUGGAUUUGUACGUAAUAUCUCCUCCUAG